CAUAUCAACUGUUUUUAUAUUCUUCAAAUUUUGGAUUUUAUUUCGAAGGAGAAAAUUAGUGAUGUGGAUUUAGAGUGACAAUAUUUACAUUUUUGUGUCCUGUGACGAUCUGUGAUAUUUCGUAUACAAACAAUGGCUAAAUGUUCAUCCAGACAACUUGUAUUUGUAUUCUUUAAUUUCCUCUUCUUGUGUCUUGGGCUAACACUUGUUGGAUUUGUGGCCUGGACCUUAGCUACCAUUCCAAAUGCCAACGAAUUCAUAUCUGGUACACAUAUUGUUACUUUGACAAGUUUCUGCCUGGGAUUCGUGAUUCUUGUCAUAGGAGGAAUAGGGUGUGCGGCGGGAUUCUGUAAGGGAUUAUGCAUACUGAAAACGUAUGUUAGCUUCAUGGUUACCCUGCUGUUCCUAGAACUAGGACUCGUGUUUUUCAUAUAUUCUGAACAAACGCAGAUACCAAGCGUCAUGAUUGAUUCCUGGAGCGGACUCAAUGUUGCCACACAGUAUAAGAUACAGACAGAGUUGGAGUGUUGUGGUAUAGAAAACUACACGGAGUACGGAACGGACGUGGAAUUGUAUCCCUCUAGCUGCUUUGUUGUGUAUGACGUCACCGGUAUCAUCGAAAAAACAGUCGAUACUCUCUUUACAACGAACUGUCUGACGCAGAUGCAGAACUGGCUGAAUAAUCACAUUCCAAUAUGGGCCUCUGUCAUCCUGGGCAUAGCUGUGAUACAGUGUUUGGGCGGUCUCACGUCCUGUGUAUUCCUACAGAGAGUUCAAAAAAAGCUUAAAGUCAAACCUAAUGACGAUGAAGAAGGAGAAAUCGUAGAUUCAGAAAUGGCUUCCAUGGGAGCAGGCUCAUCGAAAGACAAGGCUUCUACUGAUACGGAAAAUGAGGAACAAGACAACAUAAUAAAUUCCUCUGGUUUGCUUAUUGUGACUCAAGCCUCAGAGCAGGAUAUUAAGGACAACAGUACAAUUGAUUACCUCAACGAAAACAACGAUGACACAUUAUCAACAAAUACUCACAACGAGGUCAAAGAUGAAGCCAAUGUUGACACCAUUUCAAAUCAUGGUAAAGAUGGCUCGUCCGUAUUGGUAGUGGCUUCUGUUUCUAAGAAAGUAGCACACGACACAGAAAUUAAAGAUAGUGGUCCUGAUGAUGAAGUGGAGACGAUAAUUUUGACACAAUCAGAUGCUAAUGACGUGACGAACGAUACUAAAGAUAAAAACGACGACAAUGUUUCUAACCGUAGUGUACCUGUUCAGUCUUUGGUCCUGAUCCAGUCCAUUAAUCGGGAAGAGACAGGUGCAAAAAUGCAAACUACGACUUUGCCAGUACAGGCCGACGUUGGAAUUGUAACCCCGGACCAAACCAAGCCUAUUAGUGAUAUGAACGAUGACAGGAAUGAAAAGAAGGAUGACAAUAUUCCUAACCACAAUGCUUCUGAAUCGAACGAAGAAAAAGCUGCUGAAAAGGAACUCGGUGAUACCAAUGAAACUGACGACAUAGAAAUUGUAUAUCUCGCAUCAGGAACUACAGAUAAUGAAAAGGGAAACGAUAAAGGGAACGUAAACGACGACAAAGUUUUGAACUUCAGCACUUCUGAUCAAUUAAGGAGAGAAACAUCUGCCGAAGAGGGACCUAAAGAUACCAGUAAAACAGAUGAAACCGUAAUUAUAAUCCCGGUUACUGCCAUUAACGAGGACAAGGACAACGAUGAGAGAAAAGAAUGCGAUAGCGACAACAUUUCGAUCCAUAGUUCAUCUGAUCAAUUGAGUAGAAAAAUCUCUUCUGAUAAGGAACUCAGUGCUUCAAAUGAAACGGAUCAAGUGGAGACUGUACUUCGCACAUCAGUGCUGACCAGUGAUGAGAAAGAAGAGGACAAAAUAAUAGAAGACGACAACAUCAUUCCGAACCACAGCUCAUCUGAUCAAUCUAGGAGCGAAAUGUGUGUUGAAGAGGCUAUCGGUGAUACCUUUGAAACCGAUGACGUGAAAUAUAUAUCUCUCACACCAGUUACUACAAAUGACGAGGAUAAAGGAAAAGACGACGGCGACAACAAUGAAACCGAUGAAGUGAAAACUGAACCUCUGGCACCAGUUACUACCAAUGACGAGUUGAAAAACGAUAAAGGAAAGGACGACGGCGACAUCAAUGAAACCGAUGACGUGAAAACUGAACCUCUGGCACCAGUUACUGCCAAUGACGAGUUGGAAACCGAUAAAAGGAAAGAAGACGAUGACAGCAAUGAAACCGAUGACGCGGAAACUGUACCUCUAACAUCAGUAACUACUUACGACGAAAAGGAUAAUAACGAAGUACAAAAAGUCGACAAUAAUAACCAAAGCACAUUGUAGCCAUUUUUCAUUUUUCAAUGUCAAUAAACAUCAGGUAAAUAAGUUCUACCUAAUUUCAUUAAAAACAUAAAACAUCAAAUAAAAAGGGAAAUCCCAUUAAAGGGGGAGAAGUGCAAUGGUGAUAUCGACGACUAUACAAAAUAUAUUUCGAGUGGCCCCAGUUUCAUAAAAAUUACUUAACUUAAGGACAUUCUUUAAUUUAGAAUUUUACAUUAUGAAGCAUUACAGGGUUUAAGGAAAUCGCAUUAACUAUAU